AUGGCAGAUAUCACGGAAGAAAAGGUGGUGCCUGAAGCCAAGAAGCCUCUUGACGAGCCACAACUUUCAGAUCCGUCAAGUCAAACACCUCCAACUGAGCUGACGGCUCCGUACAGCAUCUACGGUCGGAAGGAGAGAUGGAUUCUGGUGGCAAUGGUCGCGGUGACGGGGAUGUUCAGUCCGUUGCCAGCCAACAUCUACUUCCCCGCCCUUCCCACGCUCGCAGAGGCUUUCAACCGGUCAGUCGAGGACAUCAACCUCACCGUGACCAUCUACCUUGCCAUGCAGGGGUGCUCGCCGAUGCUAUGGGGGCCUCUUUCGGACCGGUACGGACGAAGACCGUUGUUCCUUCUCUGCCUACUGAUCCUCGCUGGGUCGAGUCUAGGUCUGGCGCUCUGCCCGACGUCUGCCUUCUGGCUGCUGCUUCUCCUGCGCGCCGUACAGGCUGGUGGCUGCGCGAGCAUGAUUGCGCUGGGCGCUGGGCUCAUCGGGGAUAUUGCCACGGUCGAGGAACGCGGAGGGUAUUUCGGCAUGUUCAACCUGGGGCCGAUGCUCGCACCUUGCAUCGGCCCGGCCGUCGGCGGUGCCCUGUCUGAACAUCUCGGCUGGAGGAGCAUCUUCUGGUUCCUGCUCAUCGUCUCCGGUGGUUGUUUCGUGGUCGUGCUUUUGUUUUUGCCAGAGACGAUGCGGGCUUUGGUUGGCGACGGCAGCUGGACUCCCAGACAUUGGAUGUAUCAGCCGUUGACCCCAAUUGUUGGCAGGAAGAGAUCUUCAGACACCGAGGUUGGGCCAGGCCAGGUUGAUGAUAGUGUGGAGGUCAAGAAACGGUCCAGCGUGAACCCAUUCCACCUGUUUGUUUACCCGGAUAUCUUGUUGACGCUGUUGUAUACCGGCGUAGUGUAUGCGGUCAACUACACGAUCACGUCGACAAUCUCGUCCUCUUUUGCCGCUACUUACCCCUAUCUGUCGGAGACGUUACUGGGUAUAUGUUACCUAUCCACCGGCCUGGGUAUGAUCCUCGGCUCGACCAUCACGGGAAAGUUGUUGGACCUGGAUUAUGCUCGACUUCGGCGAAAGCGGGGACUCGCCAGAGCUGGAGAUGAUUCAACUGAAGAGGACGAUGACGACUUCCCCAUCGAAUACGCGCGGCUUCGGAUGAUGCCUACGCUGUUGGUGAUCUUUGUCGCCUGUGUUGUUGGCUGGGGCUGGUGCAUACAGUUCGGGACUUCCAUCGCCGGACCACUGGUCCUCCAAGUGAUACUUGGAUAUACAUCUAUCGCGAUCCUCAACACGACGAUGACGCUGAUGGUCGACAUAAUCAAGAACCAAAGCUCGGGAGUCACUGCCUGCACCAAUUUCGUCAGGUGCUCACUGGCUGCCAUACUUGUUUCAGUCAUCGACAAGGCAACUCAGAGCCGCCUUGGAUACGGCUGGACGUAUACACUGCUGGGGGGUUUGUGUGCCUUGUUGCUCCCAGUGCUUUACGCAGAGAUCCGAUGGGGACCGAAGUGGCGGAUGGAACGCGAUCGGAAGAAGGUCAAUUAG